AUGGAAACGGGAAAAGAUGAAAACAUUGUUAAAAUGUUAAAAAAAAAUAAAAAUAAAAUAACGAAAUUAGAUUUUGAAAAUUGCGUCGUGAGCGGAUAUAAAAACGAAACGAAAGGAAAAAGAAAAUUGAGAGCGAGAAUCGUUGAAGAUAUGAAAAAGUUUAACGAAACGCCGACGGCGCCGCCACCGUCGCCGGAAAGGGAUAAAAAAAAUGUCGGAAAAUCACCCGUUUUGCUAUUGAAAAUGACGUCGGUUUGCCUGAAAAAAGGUGAAGAAUCGUCGUCUACGUCGACGACGACGAAAAAUAAUAAUAAUAAUAAUACUAAUAAUUCUCCGGUUUUGUACGCGAAAAAAAAAAUUUUUUCUCCCGUUCUUAAAAUCAAAAUGGAGUCCACGACACCACCGAAACCGUCGUCGUCGUCGUCGUCGUCGUCGUCGUCUCCAUCGUUAGUUUAUUUUCACAGCAAAAGAAAAAUCGUUUUCGACGAUGGCGGCGAAAGGAAAAUUUGUAAAUAUUUGAAAAAUAAUCGUAGGAAAAGAAAAAAAAGCGGGAAAAUUUUUCCCACUUUUGAAUUUUCAAAUUCGAACGAUACGUCGGCCGUCGAAUCCGAAACGUUUCAACGUAAGCACGACGAAUUUGAAAAAUUCAAAAUGGCGGAAACGGAAGAUGAUAUAUAUACGAUCGGAGAAAAUGUCUGUUCGUCUUUUCCGGUAACGGAUGACGAUGAGAAUGACGUCAUUAAAGAAGAAAAUAAAAAUACAAAAAGUCAAAAAUCGGAUUCGUUCGUACAAAUUUCAUCGGUCGAAAGCGAAUCGUUUUUCGAUACACAUCGAACGAGUCAAAACAUAUCGAAUCGAUCGUUAUCAUCAUUAUCGUCAAACGAUUGUUAUCAUUCGAUGUCUAUUCGUCGUAAAGCAGACGACGGCGACGACGACAACGACAACGACAAAGACAAAGAAGAAACGCCCGAAAUAAUUCGUAAAACCAAAGGAAACAAUAAUUAUGUGGAUACGAAGAAAAACGUUAAAAGAUUUGGUUUGAUAACGAGACUGAACGUGGUUUUAAGGAAACAAUCGUCGGAAACGUUACUCUGGAAACACGAAAAAGAUAAAAAAUUUAAAAAAAAAAUAAAUUCCGAAGAAAGAUUCGUUAUAAAAAAUUUUUGGAACGUCGGUGGAAAUAAUCAUUUCGUAGAGCAAAAAAUUUUCUUGAACGAUUUAAACGUCAACGUUUUACUUAACGUCGUUCGAGCGGAAAUGAUCGACGAUUCGAAUGAUGAUGAUGAUGAUGAUGAUGAUGAUGAUGAUCACGAUAAAUACGAUGAAGAAGAAGAAAAAUUGAAAUCAUUUCCGGUGAAUGAAAAUUUCCAAGGUAAUAAUUUUUCACUUUUCAAUUAUUUUCUAGACGAUUCGAAUCAUUUUUCGCCAUAUUUGUUUUGA